CCCGGUCUGGCUUUUCCUUGCCUGUUUCAUUCAGUGUUGGGAGUUGGGGGAAGAAGGAGCUGGAAGGAGCAUCUCUGAGGCUACAGCGACGGGCAGGAGGUGCCUGGCAAACCGAAAGAAAUGUUUUCCCGAUUAAGAAUCGCGGCUGCUCCGUGCGUGCUGGCCCGCCGCAGCGCGCACACCAGAGAAAAAGGCAAGAUGCUAAUGCUGAACCCCAGGACGAAUAAGGGUAUGGCUUUUACAUUGAAAGAACGUCAAAUGCUUGGGCUCCAGGGACUUCUGCCGCCAAAGAUAGAGACGCAAGACAUCCAAGCCAUGCGCUUCCAUAGGAACCUGGCCAAAAUGACCGACCCUCUGGAAAAAUACAUCUAUGUAAUGGGGAUCCAGGAAAGAAACGUGAAAUUAUUCUACAGGGUGUUGCAAGACGAUAUUGAGAGGUUGAUGCCAAUCGUUUAUACGCCCACUGUUGGCCUAGCUUGUACCCAGUAUGGACAUAUUUUUAGGAGACCGAAGGGAUUGUUUAUUGCCAUAACCGACAGGGGCCAUGUCAGAUCCAUCAUAAAUAACUGGCCAGAAAAUGAUGUGAAGGCUGUGGUCGUCACUGAUGGAGAGAGGAUUUUGGGCCUGGGUGACCUGGGGGUUUAUGGGAUGGGGAUUCCUGUUGGCAAACUCUGCCUCUACACGGCUUGCGCAGGCAUCCGGCCCGACAAGUGCCUCCCGGUGUGCAUUGACGUCGGAACCGACAACCAGACUCUUCUGCAAGACCCGUUUUAUAUGGGGCUGUACCAGAAAAGAGACCGUUCACAGCUUUAUGACGACCUCAUUGAUGAGUUCAUGGAAGCCAUUAUAGACAGAUACGGCCAGAGCACACUCAUUCAGUUUGAAGACUUUGGAAACCACAACGCUUUCCGCUUUUUGAGGAAGUACAGGGAGAAAUACUGCACCUUCAAUGAUGACAUACAAGGGACAGCCGCGGUGGCCUUAGCGGGCUUGCUGGCAGCACAGAAAGUUAUUGGCAAGCCACUCACAGAACACCGGAUCUUGUUCCUUGGCGCGGGAGAGGCCGCCCUUGGAAUUGCCAAUCUCAUUGUGAUGGCGAUGGUAGAAGGUGGACUUUCCAUGGAUGAAGCUCAAAAGAAGAUAUGGAUGUUUGACAAAUUCGGCUUAUUAGUUCAGGGCCGGGAACAAAAGGUGGACAGCAACCAAGAACCCUUUAGUCACCCAGCCCCGGACCAGGUGCCGAAGACCUUCUUAGAUGCAGUGAAUGUGCUUCAACCUUCUGCCAUCAUUGGAGUUGCAGGUGCCGGGCGGCUCUUUUCCCAUGAUGUGAUCCAAGCAAUGGGCUCCAUCAAUCAGAGACCAAUAAUAUUUGCACUGAGUAACCCGACAGUGAAAGCUGAAUGCACGGCUGAGGAUGCGUACACGUUAACUGAGGUCUUGCACCAGGUGUUGAAGUCAGUACAUGGCCCCGAAGAAAAGGAGGAUGGGUCUUUCUUUGAACCAGGCCAGGGAAACAACGCUUACAUAUUUCCAGGUGUGGCUCUUGCGGUUGUGUUCAGUGGCGUUCGGCACAUUAGUGACCACGUUUUUCUGGAAGCAGCAAAGGCAUUGACUGCACAGCUGAGUGAAGAAGAGCUCGCCCAAGGGAUGCUGUAUCCGCGACUCAGCAACAUCAGAGAGGUUUCCAUCAACAUCGCCGUUAAAGUUAUGGAGUAUCUGUAUGCCAACCACAUGGCUUUCCAUUACCCGGAGCCCAAGGACAAGAACAAAUACAUCCGGUCCAACGUAUGGACCAACGAAUAUGAAUCCUUCCUGCCGGACUUGUACGACUGGCCAGCGUCUAUGUCAUAUUCACCAAAAAUGCAGUGACCGUGCCUCCGGAGGGAUUCCUCAGGUCAUGUCUGAAUCCUGCACGGAGCCGCGUCCCAGGCCAGCUUCCGGCUUAUAAGUCUCAUAACUUAUUUUUCUAUUUUUUUCGCCUAACUUCCACUGUAACCAUCCCACCAGUUUCUCACCGUGUGGAUUUUGUCUGGCAGCGAAGACCUACGGAUUCCUACGGAUAAACUUUAGCUAACACAGAUGCUUCCUUUGAUACUUCCAAGUUGACUUCUGCCACCCACGUGACAAAGGCCAUUUGUCUAGUUACAGAGACUCCUUGAAUUUUUCUCAGCAUCUCGUCUUAGGCCUCACUUUAUAUGCCUGGAAGAAUCAAAACGGCAAGGCUUAUUCUGGAUUGUAUUGUUUCAAUUUAUAGAUGGUGGGUUGCAUCUCGAAACGCUUCCCCCGUGCCUGUGGAACAAUUUGCAUUUUGGAGGAAAGGGUGUGGCUUAGGUUUCCAACGUUCUGUUUUUCUACUGGUGGAGGCCUUACCACCCUAUUCUUCAUUCCCUUUUUAUAUUUUGGUUUCUUUUUUGUGGUCUGUUUGGACCGUCCGGUUGUCGGAUAACGCUGUAUUUGCAACAGCAGCCCAAGGCAAGCGUGUCCGGAAAGGAUUGUUCUCUGGAAGAAGAGCGCAUCACUUUCCAGUUUUGGAGCAAGCCGGCGGCUCGAGUUUUGUGAGCAUGCCCAGAGCUUGCUAUUCUGAGCAAGGUUGGUUGAGAUGGCCAGAAUACAGAUGGCUCAGCUUUUUGGCCUUUUCAAAUUGUUGCUGCUCAGCGUUGUUUUAAUGGUUAGCUUCAGUUUCUGGGGCUCUGAUACAGGCAACGACUCUAUCUGAUUUAUUCUGGCAUUUAUUCUGCCAUAAACGGGGCAUUCAGUUCACAUAGAAUCCUGCCUUGGAAAUCUCCAUGGACUUUUGGAUGGGAGCCGCUAUUCAUCCGUCGCAGUUCUUUAUUUUACAAUUGCUUAUUUGAAACGGUUGCCAACUGGGCCUUUGAGAAAACCCUGAUAUUCCUGGAAAAUGGAAAGCACUUCUGUCAGGGAAGUUAAUCGUAAAUGCGGGAUGGGAAAGAAUUCUGCCGCCAGGGAAACCGUGAAUGUAGCAUCGCUUUGAAAAGUUCUGCAUUUCCAGGAAUGAAUGGCAGAGCUGCUUAGUUGCCUGAAUCAGCCGAUCCUGGGAAAAGAGGCUCAGCCCCAGGUGGAUUUUUAAUAGCAGUGCCGUUUUUAUCUCACAUUUUCCCUCUGAAAGAAGACUGCAAAGAGAUAGCUGCUUAAUGCAAACCGUGGAGAAUAUCACGACAAUGCAUAACGAACAACAUGGAAUACGACACAAAGAGUGGAAGGCCUUAGAGCUCCAUUGCGGUUGACCAAUCCAAGAAAUGCCUGCCGCAAGCAGAGAGGUGGUAACAACUUGAAGAAAAAGUUGCCUCUGUUUCCAUAACCGUUUGCUGCCAGAUCAGCUGUGCGGUUGGAUUGACAAGUCAGGUAUAAUCCUGUUUUGUUCCUGCUUACCCAGUGCCAAACCAAACUUGGUCACCAGUGCAACGAUCCGCAUCAGGAGUGCGCCGUGUUAGAGCAUCGGAGGAAGGUUUAUACACCGCUGGCCUGGCACGCCAUGCCAACUGCACACGUCCAUCUGCUUUGGCGCCCUUCACCCUGCAUAUAUUUGCCACGCUUGCUUUGCCGAACUGCAGGGCUUAGCAUGCAGACCCCGUUUCUUUUGCCAAAAGGAGUUUGUGCGGCUGCGCGUGCGCUCUGAGAUUUUCUCAGGGAAGCGGAUAAAGUCUUUUCCUUGUCUGCAAUCGAGCAGAUCUUUUACACAGGAGGAAAUAAAUUGGGCAGCAAACUGUGUGUUAAACAGGGUGGCACAAGAGUGGAGAGGUUUUUCUUGGCCUCCUGCUUCCUCAUUUGAGUAACACUGAGAGAUUGAGGCUCUUCUCCUAUGGGCAUUUUGGCUGUGCAGCGGCUUUGCCGUGUUCUGACUCCUUAUCCCAGCCUCGCCUUUCCCCUUUUCUGUCGCUUGUUCAUCCAAGAUGGUUGCACGAUGCUUGUGAAGUAAAGAAAAAGUUUUGCAUUAGCGAAAGGAAUGAAACGCAAAAGAUACAACUGAGCUGGAACUUCCAGCUCUGUCGGAACGAGAAUUGCGCAACGAGAAGAUCUGUUUUCAAUUGGAAAUAUUAUGGGGUUUAUUGGAGGGGGGAUUUUCUUUGUGGGCAUGUCUAUACCAUGUUUGCCGUCAGUAUUGGUGAUAGAUUAACAGUUGCUUGCCUAAUAGGGCUUUAGGGCAGAGCCAUCUAUACAGUAUAGAAGGAGCUUGCAGUAUCCUGUGUGUCUGGAGUGUUUUAGGAGACCUUUUGUAGCUUAUGGUUUUAAAAUACAAGAUCCACUUCCAUAGUCCGCAGUUGAGUCCGAAAGAAACCUAGACGUUCAGUUUUAAUAGGUGUAGUCAGCUCUGCAAAAUCAAACAUGCUGUUUGAAAGACUUUGGAAAUGGCAUAAUUGUGUCUGAUUUUGGAGCGAAGUACAUUGUGUGUUAAACACAUUACAAGAGUUGCUUGAACAUGGGGAGUCGUCCUGUGCCCAGUGCUUUCUCCACCGUACUGCACUAUUAAGUAUUCGUUUUAAAUGAUCGGACUCUCGUUUUGCCUCUAAUAGUGGACUUAACCCCUUCAGAUUGGAGGUGGGGAUUGCAUGUGUAAAUAUUCCCCAAAAGAAAAAUGGACCAAAAAAAAAAUAACUUUUUACCCUUUGGGAGAACGCUUAGCCUUUAACAGUUCUCCCUCGUAUAUUAAUUUUGUAUGCAUAGGAUUUUUUAAAAAUGCGGUGGAGUAUUCAAAUGUUCAGUCCAUCCCCCACCCACCCACCCACCCCUUGGUUAAGUCCAGAAACAGUUGGGUCAGAUGAACAUGUUAUUGUGUAGCUCGGUUGCGAUUCAUUUCGUGUUCCUUAUUGAAUUCCUUCCUCCUACGGCUCCUUCCUUCCUUCUGUCUCAACCCCUUUUUCAUUGUGUCGCUCAGAAGGAGAUCUUUGACAGCCGAAUACUAGAAAUUAAUUUGGGUACAGAAAUACUAAUAUUUGGCAAAGACAAUGUAGCAUUGUCUAAUGUGUGUACUUGUUGAAGAGGGUUUUUGUUUUGUCUGAAUAUUCCUCUGCUGAGCUUUUGUCAAACUGCUGUGUGUUGAAGACGCUGUUUAGAAUAGGGUGGUUUUACAAGUUCAUUUCAUAAAAUGGAUUCGUUUUUGGCCCCGUA